CGUCUGGGUAAGCAAAUGAAGCGCACCUUGGCUGUUCAUUCUUAUUUUUGCUUUGACUUGCGAGCGGAAAUGUACGACAUCACACACUGACUUCACAACAAACGGACGUUUCCGGCAGCUAGUCGGCAAUUCUUCAAUUAAGGAUUACACGUUAUUUAAAACAACCGCACGACUUUGCGCUCCACUAGCCUAAUGCUAAGCCAUAACGGGAAACACCAUUCACAUGCUAACAGAACUAGCAUUGUUUUUGUGGUGUUCUAACCUUUUAAGCAAGGGCUAUUUUGAACACAGGCAGUGACGCAACACACAUAGACAAACAACAUCACAACACUCACGGGGAUAUAUUCUUUAUCCUCUGAGAAGACCGACUGUUAUUGUGGCUUACCGAGUCACUCGGUUGUGAAGCUCUUCUUUGUUUUUCUCUGCAUGAAUGUGUUACACUGCCCCCCGGUGGCCAAGUCGCGCACACCAGAAGGAACUGCAAUGAAUUCAUCACGAUGCCAGCACGUUCCGCCGAAGUUCUGCAUCUCAACGCGAGACGGAUGCGCUGCACUUGCACGAGGGAAGUCUGGAAAGGAGGAGAGCCCGGGAUCUCCUCCUCCUCCUCCUCCUCCUCCUCCUCUUCCUCCUCCCGUGCAGACAACAAGCGCGCAUUGACGGUGACGUCACGCGCGCCUCCCAGCAGCAUAAAAACGGGGCCGGCGACGAGCCGGCGAGGAGGCGUCCGCUCGCCCCCGGAGUGCAGCCCGUUCCUCUCUCGCGCGUAAUUACGCAGCCCGCACGACAUGGAUCCGAACGUGGCGGCGUGCGUGUGCGCGCUGCUGCUGGCGUCCGUCGGGCUGCUGGCGCAGCGGGCCGGCUGCCAGCACUACUACCUCCUGCGGCCCAUCCCCAGCGACACCCUGCCUCUCGUGGACUUAAGGGAGGACCCGGACCCCGCGCUGGACCCCCGGGAGCGGGACCUGAACGAGACGGAGCUGCGCGGCCUGCUGGGGGACUUCGACGGCCGCUUUCUGGCUCUGUCGCCGACGCCGACGCCGACGCCGCCGCCGAGCGGCGACGACGACGAGCCGCGCGAGGACGCCGAGCCGCUGCAGAAGUCCGGCGGCGCGGUGCUCAAGGAGAUCCGAGCGCUGGACUCGGACGUGCAGCUGCAGGGGAGGAGACACAUCAAGCCCAUCAGCAAGAAGCUGAAACGGCGCUUGCAGCAGUGGCUGCGGGCGUACUCCUUCUGCCCGGUCCGGUACUCCUGGAGCGACCUGGGCGCGCGCUUCUGGCCGCGGUACGUGCGCGCCGGCAGCUGCCCGGCCGAGCGCUCCUGCUCGCUCCCGGAGGGCAUGCUGUGCCAACCCGCCGCGUCCGCGCACCUCACCGUGCUCAGGUGGAGGUGCGCGCACCGGAAGGCGGGACUCAAGUGCGCGUGGAUCCCCGUGCGCUACCCCGUCAUCACGGACUGCAAAUGCGCGUGCGCCACAUAAGCGCAAAAGCUCCAUUUUCGCCACGCGCACGCGCACACCACACAAAACUAAUUUGCUUGAAACGGUUGAGUGCUACUUCUCGACACACCUGCGAUACCAGCUCGACCAAUCAGAAGAGCGCACGAGGAAAGAAUACAAAAUGCCCCGCAAAAAAUUCAUCAAUAAAUGCAUUCAAUCCAAUGUCCCCCAAAACCUAAACUGUUUAAAAAAAAAGCCACUUUUAUUCCUGUUUUUGCCAUUGUUAUGCUUUUUCUUUUAAACCACCAAGUGACAUCUCAACCAUUUGUUAAAGGCUCAUAUUUAAAAAAAAAAAAAUGCAAGAGUCACAUUUCAAUACAUACCAUUGAAUCCUUGUUAUCAAAUAAACUUUGUUUUAUCGCUUUCAAAUAAUUGACUUGGAAUUUUUUUUUUUUUUUUUUUUUUGAGAGACACUCAAAAAAAAGAAAAAAAGAAAAAAAAAGUCCA